AUGCAAAUUAUGAUCAUUUCAGAUGUUCCCGAUCCUCCUGGAAAGCCACUGUUAAUGGGCUUUACAUCACGUUCUGUCAACUUAUCAUGGGCACCCAGUUUUGACACUCACCACUCGCCAGUUGUUAACUAUAUCAUCCACACCCGUGUGGGUGAAAAUGGUGAAUGGGAUACAUAUAAUGGUAUCGCCACUCUCGACAAUAAGACCAACUAUUAUGUCGAUAAAUUACAACCCUUUACCGUAUAUUCAUUUCGCAUUUUGGCCGUCAACUCCAUCGGCACGAGUCAACCCGGAAAGGAGUCCUAUUAUAUGGUCACUCUUAGAGAAGAAAAUAUGAGCUAUAAUUUGAUCGCUUUC